AUGGAAAGAAAUUAUAAUGUUGAUAGCAAAAACACAUGCAUAAGAAAAGUUGAUUAUAUUAAUGAUGAAGUUAAAAUGAAUAACAAUUAUAUGAAUAAUAUUACUAAUUACGAUAUGCAAGAAUCAUUAAUUACAACAAAUCCUGAAUAUAAAAGUGUUUUCAAUGAACAUGGUAUUAACCCUUAUGAUUAUAACAUAAUAAUGAAACAAAAUAAAGUUUGUGAAAGUAAUAUGCAUGUUCUCAAUAAAAAUGUUAAUAAUAAAGGUAAUAAUUUCGUUGAUGACAAAAUAUAUAAUUCUUUCAACUUAAAAAAAAGGUCAAAUAUAAAUAAUAUGAAUCAGAUGAAAAAUUUGCAAAAUAAUUUAUCGUAUAUAAACGAUUGCGAAAAUGUAUAUAAUAAAAAAUUUGUCAAUAAUAACGUUGAAUGUAAUAAUAUAAAUCAGGUAAAUGCAAAUUCAAACAAAAUGCAAAAUUUAUAUUUAAAUAAAAAUUUAAUUGUUAAUAAUAAUUUAUACGAAAUUAAUGAAAAACAAAAUAAUAUUAAUUUACCUAAUUAUAAUCAAUAUAAUUCUUCAAAUAACAUAAAUCAAAAUAUGAAUCAAAGAACUGAUUAUAAUAAUAAAAUUAUGAACAUAAAUAAAUUAAGAAAUUUUAAUUCAUGUGAUAAUUUAAUAUCAAAUGAAAAUGAAAUAAUGAAUAAUCAUCCCAAUAAUGUAGUAACCAAUAUACAUCAAAAUAAUAUGUUAAAUAAAUUGAAUAUAAAUCAAAUGAAUUGUGACUUAAAUAAUAAUAUGGCAAAUAAAAUUCAUUUAAUGAAAAAUUCAAAUAUUGAUGAAAUGAACAGUGAGAAUGUAAACCAUAAUUAUACCUUAUCUCCUAAUUAUUAUGAUGAUAAUAACAUGAUUAGAGGUUAUAAUAGUAACAAUAAUAAUAAUAAUCAAAAUAGUGUUUUUUAUCCAAACAAUAUUAUUGCUGAUAAAAUAGGAAUGAACAUAAAUAAUAUAUCUGAUAAUAACAGUGACGAAUAUAAAAUUUCUCCAAAUAAGCAAGAUACAUUAAUUGAAGUUACAAAAAGUAUGAUAAUGAAUAAUGUAAAUAAUCAAAGCAAACUUAAUAAGUUAAAUUUAAAUGCAAAUAUUAUAUCAUCUCCAAAUAGUAAUCAAAAUAACCUAAAUGUUAAUUAUAAUGAAACCAUAAAAGAUGUAAAUUAUAUGAAUUCUUUAAAUAGUAAUAAUCAAAUAGUUCAUAACAAUAAUAAUAAUAGUAAUGAGGAGUGCAAUAUGAAUGAUGUUAAUAAAAUAAAUAGCAAUAUUAUAAAUAACUUAAGCAUGAUAAAUGAUUAUAAUAAAAAUAUGAAAAUGAAUGAAUUAGAAAAGAAAGCACAUAAUCAAAACACAACUCAAAAAAAUAUAACAAAUUACAUGAAUCAAUAUGUAGUAAAUUAUGAUAAUUCUGCAAUAAAAAAUAAAAUAAAUAAUUUUUCCAAACUUCAAAAUGUAAAUAAUAAUAACAGUAAUGUUAUAAAUAAUUUUCCAAAUGUUUUAAAUGUACCAUCUCAAACCUUUAAAAAAAUAGAAAAUCAAAUUCCAAGAAAUAACAAUAAUUAUAUGAAUGUACUAAAUAGCUAUAAUAAUAAUAAUAAUAUUUAUAAUAAUGUGAAUAACAUUAACAUGGGAAACAAUUUUAAAAAUAAUCAAGAGGUGUUAAUUAAUUCAAAAAAUGUUACAGAAAAUACAGAUAAUGAAUCAUAUAUAAGUUUAAAUAACCAUUUAAAUAAUCAAAAUAAUGUAAAUGCAAUGAAACAAAAUGUUAUAAAUAAUAAUAAAUUAAAUGGAAAUUAUAACAUGAACAUAUUAAAUAAUAAUUUAAUACAAAAUGAUAUCACAAAUAGAGCACCAAAAAAAAUAAAUAAGCAAUUAAAUUUAAUGAAAAAUAUAAAUAUGAUACAAAAAAAUAAUUUUUCUUUAAAAACAGAUAAGAAUGAUGUUACUAUAAACAAUUUAAAUACAUAUCAACAAUAUCAGAAUAAAGAGGUAAAUAAUAAAGUUAAUUUUACGAACAACUUAAUUAAUAACAACAAUUUUAAUAUAUAUAACAACGUAAAUAAUACUGAUCAAGUAAUAAACAAAAAUGUGGAAAAUAGUAUGAGUGUGAAUAAAAUCAUCAAUAAUAAUUUAAAUACAGCUAAAAAUAAUAAUUUAAAUCCCAAUAUGAGUAAUAUAAAUCCCAAUAUAAAUAAUAUAAAUACUAACAAUAAAACAUUACAAAUUAAUAGUCCAUUAAAAAAUAUAUCUUCCUUACCAUCAUCCACUAAUUAUAAUAUAAAAAAACUUUUAUAUUCAUCAAAAAUAAAUUCACCAAAUUUAUACUCUUCUAAAACAAUUGAUUACUCUUUAAAUAAUUCUAUUAAUAGCUCAGCAAACUACCUAAAUAAUAAUCUUUUGAAUAACAAUUUAAUGAACAAUAUUAAUGAAAUUGAUAACAUAACUAAUAACUUAGCAAAUAAUAUAACAAAUAACAUAACAAAUAAUUUGCAAAUUAUUAAUAACAAUAAUGUUACUCAAAAAAUAAAUAAUAACAUAUCAAUUAAUGUAUCAAAUGAUUUAAAUAGCAAUUUAAAUAAUCUAAAAAAGUACAAAAAUAAUUUAUUAAAUAAUUUAAAUGAUUUUUCCAAUAUAAGUGAUAUGGAUAAAUUAAUUAAAAAUUCUGAUAACUCUGAUAAUUUUAAUGAGUUUGAUAAUUCUAAAAAUCUCUUAAGUUCUUCAAAUUUAAAUGAUCCUAAUUAUAUAACAAAGGAUAAUAACAUUGCAUACAAAGGAAUAUUAAAUAAUGGUAUGAUUAUGAAUGAUCAAAUCUCAAAUAAAAAUAACGAGUUACAACCUAAUUAUUAUUUAUUAAAUAAUAAUGAUCACAUUAACCCUAAUAAUGAUAGUAACCUGAAUAAUACAAAAAGUAAUUUAAUGCUAAAUGCAAAUUAUGACAUUUUAAAAAUGAAAAUGAUUUCAAAAAAUGAUAAAUUAAACUUAAUUGAUAUGAAAAAUGAUUAUAAUAAUGUUACUAGUGAUAAUAUUCUAAAUAACAACCUAAUGAAGCAAAGAAAAAUACCACCAUUAGAAGUACUUAAUUCAUAUAAUAAUUUAGAUAAUACUUUAAUUAAUAAUAGUAACAAUAAUAAUGUUAACAGUAUUAUUAACAACAAUUAUAACAAUAACAAUAUAAAAAAUACAUCAAAUAUUAAUUGUAAUAAUUUUUAUGAUUCAGAUAUACAUUCUCGAUUAAAUAACAAUGUCAAUAUGAAAAAUAGUUUAAAUGCAAACAUACUAAAUAACACCAACAGUAUAAAUGAAACUUCUAAUAUGUAUGCAAAUAUAAAUAAUAAUAAAAUUAUCAAUUCUCCUACAAAUGAUAAGAAUGACAUUGAUAGCAUAAAAUACGAAUUAUUAAAUAAUUUAAAUACGAAUAUUACUAACAAUAAUAUGCCAUUCAAUGAAAUUCAAAAUAACAAAAUAAUUGUUUUAAAUAAUAAAAUGGGUAAAAAUAUAUUAUCUGAUGAAAAUAAUAAAAAUUGCUUAUCAUCUGAUUUAAAUUAUCUAAAGAACGAAUAUAACAACAAAUCAAAUUUAGAACAAAUUGUCAGAAAUACAGAGGUAUUAGCAUCUCCCAAUAGCACACCUCCUAUUCAUUAUGAUAAAAAUGAAAAUAUCUAUUCAGAUAGAAAAAACAAUUUUAAUGAUAUUUAUGGCACCAUGACAAACAAUAAAAAUAAUAUGAUACAUUUAAAUAAAGUUAUAUAUACAAAAAAUAAUAAUAAUAAUGAAAAUCAAAUAAUGAAUAAUAUGAAUAGAAAUAACUUAUUAAGUCUACAGAAAAUAAAUCGCAUGAAUACUUCUGAUGUUAAUAAUAAUAAUGUUAAUUUUAUUAACAAUUUAAGUAAUAACAAUGAUAAUAAAAGUAAUAAUAUCAAUAUCCCUAAAGAAACUAUGUUUUUAAACAAUGAUGAGAAAUUGGCUGUUCAUGAUAUUAAAAAAAUACGUAAUAAAGUACCAUCAAAUUAUUCUUCUGUGAACUAUUUAAAUAAUGAUAUAAUAAAACAGUAUAAUAGUAACAAUAUAAGUAAUUUCAACAAUUUAAAUUCAUUAGGAAACGAAAAUAAUUCAAAUAUGAAAGAAUUUAGUAAUUCAAAUAAUAUGAAUCAUAUGAAUAUUCUUAAUAAUACAAAUAACUAUAAUGAAAUGAAUAAAAAUAAUUUCUCUUAUAUAAAUGAUAAUAAUAUUAAUAAUAAUGAUCAUAAUAAUGUUAACUAUGGUUAUGAAAAUAAUAUUUAUAAAGAAUUAAUCUCAAACAAUUAUGCGAAUAAUAAUGAAGAAUUAAAGAAAAAUAAUAAUAAUAAUAAUAAUAACACUAUUAAUAACUUUAAUAAUACAUAUGAGUUUAUAUCAGAAAAUAAUAAAAAUAAUUAUUUGCAAUAUAUUAUUAACAAGACAAUUGAUAUGCCAACAAAUAGUAACAUAAAAUCACCAUUAAAUUUAAAAAAUUUAAUUAAUAUUAAUAAUAAUUUUAAUUUAUUGAUGAAUAAUUUAAACUCUCCUUAUAUAAAUAAUUAUUUAAAUAAUGAAAAUGGUAUUAAUAACAAUAACAUUGAUAAUAAUAAUAAUAAUAGUAAUAAUAACAGUAAUGCAUUUCUUUUUAAUGAUAAAAUAAAUAUACAACAAAAUCAAAUAAAUGUAUUAAAUGAUAAUUUAAAAACAAAUAAAAAUAACACUAAUAAUAUGUUAAAUGAUGUGAAUUUAAAUAAUAAAAAUUCAAAUAAUUUAUUACAUGAGAAUGUAAAUUUAAAUAUGGAUCAAUCAUCCAUGAAUUUUUGUAUGCAAAAAAAUAUGUACAUUAAUAAUGAAAAAUUACAUAAUAUAUAUGAUUCGUAUUUAAAAGAAAACGCAUCAGUUAAAAAUAAUAAUAUAUCAAAUAAUUUCUGUAAUUAUGAAAAUCAGAAUAAUAUAAUAUAUUCAAUAAAUCGUAAUUUAUUAAAACAAAAUACAAGUAAUGCUAAAAGAAAAGGAAAUAACAUGAAUAUUGUAAAUAAAGACAACUUUCCGUUAAAUAAUGUUAAUUUAAUAACUGAUAUGAAAUCUAAUGUAAAAAAUAUUUUAGAUUAUGAAAUGAAAGGGAAAGAAAAUUUUUUUAAUAACACAAAUACAUUAAAUGAAAAUAUACUAAAUUUAAAUAUGAAUCAAAAUAAUCAAGAAAUAAAAUUUAGUUAUCACAGAAAUAUUAAUAAAAGAAAAAAGACAGAUGAUAAAUAUAAUGAUUUAGCAAAUAGUGCAGAUUCUUUAAAAAGUUCGAAACGAUCACGAAAAAAAAAAAAAGCAAACGUUAAUUUUUCAUCAGCAUCAUCAAAUAAUGAUGCAUUAUCAAUAUUAUCAAAAAGUAACAAGACUAUAAGAAUUCCAAAAAAUAAAUUACAAAAACAAAAAAAUUAUAAUUUAACAAAUACUAUAAAUCAAGAAAUUGAUCUCAGUAACUCUUCAUUAAAUGUACAAAAUAAAGAUAUAAAACCCAUAAGUAUUGACCUAAAUAAAAAUGAAGAUAAUUACUUGAAUAUAAAAAAUUAUAAUGAAAUAAUUGAUAAUUGUACUGUGAUAAAUGUUGAUCGUUCUGUAAUGAACAGUAAAGACGUUACAGUUGUAACUGAUAAUUUAAUUGAUGAACCAGUAAUAUUAAAAGAGAAUAACGUAUUGGAUAAAUUAAAUAAAAAUUAUACACAACAAAAUGUUGAAAUUAUCAAUAAUAUUAAUAAUGAUAACAAUAUGAACAACAGUGUAAGUAAUAAUUAUAUAAAUAAUAAUAAUGAGAAUAAUACAAAUAGGAAUGUUAAUAACACUAACAUAAAUAAUAAUAUUGCAAAUAAUUAUAAUAAAAUAAAUAGCAAUAUAAAGAAUGAUAUUAAUGUAAAUAAUAAUAAUAAUAUUCUUGAUGAUCAUAAUAAUAUAUAUAAUUAUACUUGUAAAAACAAAAUAAACACGAUUAUUAGAAAUUCUGUUACUCCACAAUUAGAUAUUAAAAAUUCUGAAACAGAACUUAAUCAUAUAAAUGAAUCUUUAUGUGAUAACAAAGAAAAUAAUGGUAAUUUAACAAAAAAUGAAAAUUUCUCAUUUUCUAAUAAAGUGGAAAAAUUAGAAAUGAGUAAUAAUGAUAAAAAUAAUUUAACAGAAAAAAGUUAUAUAAAUGAAAAUAAGUAUACUAAUCCCAUUCAUAAAAAUGAAGAAAAUAUAACAGAAAUAGAAAUAUGUGACUCUAUUAAUAGCGUAAAUCAAAAUAUCACAAAUUAUGAAGAUUCUAAUAAUAAAUCUCUCCAAAAUAACAUAAGUACAAAUAUAAUAAACAAUAAAUCCAAUAUAAAUAAUGUAAAUAAUAAUAUCAAUACAGAUUCAAAUAAUAACCUAAUUAGUAAUAUGCAUAACACCAACAUUUCGUCAAAUGCAAAUACUUACACUAAUAUAAACGAAAACUUAAAGAAUAAUAAUUAUGUAAAUAAUUUAUAUUUGAUAAACAAAAAUGAAAAUAUUAGUAAUAAUAUUGAUAAUGUAAGUAACCAAGAAAAAGAAAAUGCUAAUGUUAAUUACUCAUCUUAUGAACAAAAUAGAAAUAAUAAUUUAGGUAAAUCUGCAAUUAGCAAUAACCAUGAAAACAAUUUUAACAAAAUAAACAAGUGUGAUUCUAAUGUGGAAUGCAUAAUAGAAGAAACAAGUUGUAUGGAUAAAAAUGAAAUUAACAAUAAAAUAUUAAAUAUUGAAGAUAAUGUUAGUAAUGGUUAUGAUUGUGUUAUUAUUAAUAAUAAUUUAAAUGAAAUCAAUAAAUUAAAUAAUAUUACAGAUGAUAUAGAAAAUAAAUCAACAAGUGAAAUAUUGCAAAACAUUCAUCUUCCGAAUGAAAAAGAAAAAUUAGAUGAAAAAAUAGAUGAAGCUCAUGUAUCGAAUGAAAAAAUAUGUAAGGAUAGUAAUGUUUCUAUAUCAAUAAAUAAUGAAGAAAAAAAAUCCAUUUACCAAAUUGAGAAUAAAGCAUAUAGUAUUUAUUUAAAUCAAAAAACAAAAAAAAUAAAUAAAGAUGAUCAUGAAUUAAAAACAGACAAUGCAACUCUAAACUGCACAAUUAAUUGUGAGACAUCUUUAAAUGGAUUAAUAAGUUAUUCAGAAAACAAUAAAGAAUUAGUUAAUUUAAGUAAAAAAAAUUGCCCUUUAUCUAUAAACGAAAGUUAUAACAUAGAAGAAAAAGAGGAAAAAAGGAAAAAUACUUUAAUUAAUAUAUUAAAUAAUAAUUUCAAAGAAGAAAUAAAAAGAAUAAUACAAAGAAUAAUUGAAAAGAAUGAAAAAAAUGAAAAAAUUGUAUUUAAUGUUGUGAAACAAAUAAAUGAUGUUAAAUAUCUUAACAUGUUAAAAGAUUUAUUAAGAGGAAAAAACAGCAACUGUCACAAAAAUAAUAUAAAAGUCUUGAAAGUUCAAAAAAGAAAAGUUUUACAAAAAAUUUUUUACCAAAAAAAUAAAAAAUCAAGAAUAGUUACUCUUGAAUAUGUUCUAAAAACAUCCCCUGAUUAUAUUGGAAACAAAAAUUGUGUUAUAAGAUCUGAAGAUUGUUUGCUAACAAAUGAUAAAGAAAAAAGAAACAUAGAAAAGAUGAUAAAUGCAAAUUUUGAAAUAACAGCUACAACUGUAUCUUUGGCUACUCCUUCUAUUGUUAAUUUAUUUAAGAAUGAUGAAUAUGAAUUAUUAGAUAGUUAUUACUGUGAUUUAUCAUGUUUUUAUGUUCAAAUUAACAACAAGUUUAAUGCAAUUAUAGAAUUUCACAAAGACAACAAGAAUAAAGAAAAUCCCAAUAAAAAUUUUAAACUAAAUAUAAGAGCACAAUGCGAAGACUAUGACACCUUUUUUGGGAGUUUUAUAGAAUUCUUAAUAUAG